CUUUCCCGGAGGAAUUUGUUUUCUGGUGGCUGUGACGGGGUCAGGCACGGUCCGGAGCUGAGCCCCCUCUCUGCGUCCUCAGCAUCCUCGUGGGCAGCGGCAGCCCCAGCACAGAGGUUGUUUUGCACUGUGGGAGCCAGAGUUUGGCUGCAUCAUGGCAACGGUUGUCAUUGAAAAGCUUAGCCGCCUCUUCAUUUACGUAUGGCAGGUCCCUCAGCUGCUGGCCCCCCUCUCUCCCUCCACUGUCAGCAGUUCUGAGGUGCCAAAAGUCUUCUGGAAGCCCUACAUCGACAGUGGCUACCGGCCGGUACAGCAGACCUGGCGUUAUUACUUCUCUACACUCUUCCAGCAGCACAAUGAGGCCAUCAAUGUCUGGACCCAUCUGGUGGCAGCACUGAUCCUGCUGCUGCGAUUCCAGCAGCUCUCACAGCGGGUAGAUUUUGGGCAGGACUUGCAUGCCCAACCCCUCCUCAUCAUUAAUGUGGCAUCCAUCACCUACCUGACAUUCAGCAGCCUUGCCCACCUUCUGCAGGCCAAAUCCGAGUUCUGUCACUACAGUUUCUUCUUCAUGGACUACGUGGGGGUUGCCAUUUACCAGUACGGCAGUGCUCUAGGGCACUACUACUACACCACUGAGCCAAGCUGGCACGAGAAGAUCAAGGGCUUUUACAUGCCGAUGGCUGUCUUGUUAGCAUGGCUGUCCUGUGCUGGUUCCUGCUAUGCCAAGUACCAGUACCACCAGUCCCCUUGCCUGCUGAGCCGUCUCUGCCAGGAGCUGCCCUCAAGUCUGGCGUACGUGCUGGACAUCAGCCCCGUGGUGCACCGCAUCUUCACCGCGCCGCCCUCUGAACAGGCUGACCCAGCCCUUCUGUAUCACAAGUGUCAGGUGCUGUUUUUCCUUGUUGGUGCCUUUUUUUUCUCACAUCCUUACCCCGAGAAGUGGUUCCCUGGGAAAUGUCACUUCUUUGGGCAGAGCCAUCAGAUCUUUCACGUGUGCUUGGUGCUCUGCACGCUGGCACAGAUUGAGGCGGUGGUGUUGGACUAUGAGUCCAGGAGGCAGAUCUAUUCUAUGCUUCAGGGUGAUUUGGCACACAACUUCUCCACCCUUUGUGUCUUCACUGUGACCUGCUCUGUCCUCACAGCUGCUUACAUGGCUCAGAAGGUGAAGAACAAGCUUAGCUUCAAAGAAGAAUAAGAGCCCUGGAGCAGCACGUGAGCUCACCCAGACCUGCAGCCAGCCGUGGCAAUGCUGACACAAACCUGGACACAGACAUCAAUGAACAAAAUGCUUUGCAAACUGCUAAGUUGCUCUCCAUAAAGGGAGAAAGUAAGAGCUGCCUUUUACGCUUUUGAAUUCAGUAUUAGUUCCAGCUUGGUCAAUGGUACACUGGUGUAAUUCAUAUGCC